ACCUAACCAAACGUACAAGGAAGAAGACUCGUUACUGGCACUGUUUAGAUUUUCAGCGAGGCAAAAAUGGGGAGCUUUAAGAUCUUCGACUGCAUUGCAAUGUUGUGCUUCGUGCUUGCAUGUACUACUGCGUCUGGAGAUGUGUUUGAUGGCGUUUUGGGAAAUACUGCAUCUUGCCACAAAACAUGUCAAAUGACAUACAGUUUGCAUACUUAUCCCCGAGAGGAGGAACUCUACGCCUGUCAGAGGGGUUGCCGUCUGUUCUCCAUUUGCCAAUUUGUUGGCGACAGCGACGAACUGAAUCAAACCAAAGCCGAGUGUGAUUCAACUUGUCGUGAAGCUUACACCAAGUCAGAUGAGCAAUAUGCAUGCCACUUGGGUUGCCAGAAUCAGCUCCCAUUUGCUGAACAAAGACAAGAGCAGUUGCUGGCCAUGAUGCCAAGGAUCCACCUGUUGUACCCCAUGACAUUGGUCAGAGGAUUCUGGGAUGAUGUCAUGAGCCAAGCCCAGAACUUCAUUACCUCAUCAUGGACAUUCUACCUCCAAGCAGAUGACGGCAAAGUAGUCAUAUUUCAGUCAGAACCACAGUUCCAGUUUGCUCCCCAGUUUGAGCUGCAGAAAGAGGAGGAUAAAGGAGAUUCACCACAGACCCCUUUGAGCAACAUUGUAUACAAGGACUACCACCGUAGUUUCAUCCAGGAGAGGGACAGGGAUAUGUUCAUAGGCCGGAGUUCCGGCGAGGAUGACUACAACCUCUUCAGCUGCCUCUCAAGGAACCCUUGGCUGCCUGGGUGGAUUCUGACCACAACCCUGGUACUGUCUGUUCUGGUCCUGAUUUGGAUAUGCUGUGCUACAGUGGCGACAGCUGUGGACCAAUAUGUACCUGCAGAGAAGCUGAGCAUCUAUGGAGAUAUGGAGUAUGCAAAUGAAGAGAAGCUGACUCCUUACCCAGCAUCCUCUCUGGUGAUCAUCAGCUCCCCAGGGGGCGAGGAAGAAGCCGGACCUCUUCCCUCUAAAGUGAAUCUGGAUCAGUCCAACAUCUAGGGGUUAAAUCUCUCAUGUAGUCUUACUUUUUUUGCACUAGACCCUCUGUCUAAAUAACUGCUUCCAGCUUAUUUCUAAUGGCUGUCCUUGUUCUUGUCCUGCUCUCAAAAUGUGGAAUCUGGAGUGGUGGUAAUUUCUGUAUAUUGGAAUAAGCUAAUUGAGGCAGUAAACUUUACAUUUAAUGAGGACGCAAGUAGCUUUUAAGGAAUUAUUUCUUUAAUUUGUGGUGUUUUCACAGACCUUGGUGUGCUAUAUUAUUGAAUGAUGCUGUGUUGAUGAACUAUUUUCGACCUGUAAGUUCAGGUUUCAAAUAAUUGGGUAUGCGGUGGGCUUUGCUUUUAAUUCGGUCUCUUUUUGUGUUUUUGUGUUUUAUUUAGUGGACACGGGUUUCUAAUUGUGAUAUACAACAACUUCAAUUAGUUUUAGACUUUACAGCGCAUAAGUAUUUGUCAUUUCACUAUUCUGUAUUCUUAUGGAUAAAUUAAUCUGAAUAAAUAAAUUGAUGAGUUGAAUUGGUA